GAAUUGUCAACGAUCUGUCAAAUUCUUUUUCAUGUAUGAUUUUACAAGACGUGUGCUUUUUUAUGAAAUUAAUUCUGAAUGCUUGUAAAAUAUGGCAGAUACAGAGGUUUUAAAAAAAUUGAAGGAUGUUCCAUUUAGAAUUCAGACUUCCAGUCUGAAGGAGCGGCGUGAAGUAAUUGAAGAGAUUCAGGAUGUUCUCUCCACACCAGGUAUUACAGAGCCUGCAGUGCGUUUCGUAUGUCGAGUGUUAACUUUGACACUACAUCGAUAUAGAGACUCUACAUCUCAAUCAUAUGUCAAAGGAUUAUUAGCUUAUCUCGCUACAAACCACAGGGAGUGGACGUUUAAAAAUUUUGUACCAGUUUUAGUAGAAAUUUCGGAACAAUUAAGGAAUACAGCCACAUCUAAAAAUAUAAGCCAAAGUGGAUUAUAUGCUCUACGAUGGUCAACAGUUUUAGUGGAAAAUGGUUUAAAAAGUGCAGACGAUGGUGUGGAUUUUACUCCUCUCGUAAUGUGCCAGGCUAAUUUACUUGCUGUUGUUACUGCAUAUGGUGACAAAAGGAAGAAUGAAAAUGCAUAUUCCAUGUUACACACGGCAUGGAGUAGCAUUGGUGUAGAAAAAUUAGAAAAAUGGAUUGAAGUACUUUUAUCACAAGCCCCCGACUCGGGGCCACAAAUAUGUGUGUCAUUUUCAGCAUUAUGUAGACACACAAAACAAAUAGGAAAGGAAGAUUUAAUUAUAAAGCAUAAGGCAAAAAUGUUGGAAAGUUUUACAAAAAGUCUGAUCAGUGUAAAAAUCCGCCCAAAUCCAAACUUCAUACGUAGUUGUUCAGAUCUCUUGCACCUGCUGCAACUCAGUGACAUCCAAGACACUCUCCUGCCAGCAUUGCACAAAGCCAUGUUGAGGAGCCCGGAGACCAUCAUAGAGGCAGUGGGAGAAGUUGUUGAUAAUCUAAAUAUACAGUUAGAUGAUUUGGCAGUAGAUAUAGGGAAAAGUUUAAUAGUGAAUACGCACUCGCGUGACGCGUGGACGCGCGAAGCGUGCGUGCGCGCGCUCGAGCUGGUGGCGGGGCGCUGCUCGGGACGCGAGCCCGCGAUCACGUUGCUCAAAGCAGCGUUUGCAGAGUAUCAUGGAGCGAGUGGCAAGCUCACAUCCAGUGAAGACAAGAUUGCUGUGCUUAAUGCGGUGGGCACGCUGAGCGAGGUGGCGGUGAGCGCGGAGGAGUACGGGGCGGUGUUCGAGGAAGCGGCGACACAGGUGGCGCGCGUGGUGGACGCGGAGUCGCACGAGCGCACGCUCUGCGCGGCGCUCGACGCGCUGCUGCGCUGGGCGAUGCGCCGCAAGGAGCCGCUGCCGCCCGCCGCGCUCGACAUAUACAAGAAGAACCUGUCAAGCAAGAACACGAGCCAAGCGGUGCGCAUCGCGUACGCGUCGCUGGUGUCGCGGCUGGUGGUGCGCGGCGGGGCGGCCCCACAGCACGCGCACCAGCUGCGGCCCUCGCUGCUUGCGGCGGUCGAGAAAGCGCUGCAGCAGCCGUUACAGCACCAAAUAGUGAGCGAGGGCGUGUGCGCAAUGGUGACGCUGGUGAAGUUGGACACAGCGCGGGAGCUGCCCUCGCGCGGCGCCGUGUGGCACGCGCUCGUGCACGCCGACAAGCACGUGCUGCUGCACGGCCGCCUGCUGGCCGCCGCGCAUGACGACGUCCUAAUACAGGUGGUGUUGCUAUGCAGAACAGUGUUGGAAAACUACCAAAUUGUUGCCAGCGAUAGGAAUUCCCCAGUCUACAGGGCUUUUAUACACGUCCUGUUGUCGCCUGUGAAGGCAGUUCGAACAGUCGCCUUGCAAGAGGUGAAGGAACUGCUUGCUUCGGAAGACAGAGCUUUAAUGGCCAGAUAUUUAGUGCUGAAAUUGAAUGAAGUGCUCGAGGAGGGCAAGAUAUUCAAUGUGAAAGAGAAGACGCCGCCGGAGGAGAAGGGAGAAGUUACGGGGAAGAUGAUACUGGACUGUGUUCAAUCUUUGUGUUCAUAUAGAGGAUACCCGUCCGAAGACGCCGAGAAGCUGGCAAUAGACGCGUUGCCAAGUUGCCACCAGCCGCUCGCGGCGGCGCUCAGCAAACGCGCCUGGAUCAAACUCGUGGGCUACAUGAAAUUGGAGCCCAGGAAAUUAGUUGCUGUUUACUCGAAUAACUUGAAGAACACGUACAUCAAUGGAUAUGUUCCUACUGAGACGAUGUCAAACGUGGUUUCCACAUUGUCUUGGUGUGGGCCAGCGUUAGCCAGCGCGGCGUUGUCAGUGGCGCUGACCACGCUCGCUGACCCAGCUUUGCUGAGAGUUACUAGGGACGAGUACUUCACGUACCUCACGCCUCCGACUGACCUGUAUGAUAAGAGCGUGGUGCCCGGCAAUGAAGACAGCAAAGAGAUGAACCUAAAACGCGAAAGCAAAGCGUACAGUUACAAGGAACAGCUCGAAGAGUUACAAUUACGUCGGGAGAUCGAAGAAAAGAAGCGCAAAGAGGGCAAAGUGAAGGAGGUGCCGCUCAGCGCUAAGCAGAAGGAGGCUAUCAAGGUGCAGAUGGCGAAGGAGGCGGCGAUUAGAGAGAGACUGACUGCGUUGAACACGCGCGUAGUAUCGGCGGUGCGUCUGGCCAGCGCGGUGCAAGCGGGGUCCGCUAGUGCGGUGCGUGCGGGCGCGCGGCGCGCGGUGGCGGCGCUGCUGGACGCACUGCGCUCGCCGCUCGCCGCGCCGAGACUCGUGCACGCGCUGCUUGCGUUGCGCCCUGCGUUACUGCCGCAACACGCUGCGUUGGGCGAUCACGUCGCGAGGGUUACUAUCAGAUUACACAAACCGCAAUGCGACCUGGACCCGAGCUGGGAAGAAGAAGACCUGGACAAAGCCACAGCCCGCACUAUCAACAUGGUGAGCGAGGCGACGGGUGCGAAGACGGACGGCGCUUCGCACAAAACCGCACACUUUACUGCGCCCGGCUUCUGCUACGUUUUCCCGCUACUGCAGAAAGGUCUAACCUGCACAGCAGCUCGCACGAACGAAGCGAUGGUGGUGAACGGUCUCUCGGUGAUCACCCAGCACGCGGCGCUGCGUGGGGACACCACCAGUGAUGGUGACGCCGCGCAGGACAUGCUGUACCCCACGCUGUUCCCUAUUGACCAGAUGUUCAGGCUGCUUAUAGAUCUUAUUGGGUCGAGUAGCGGUCGCGUAGCUGCGGCGUGUACGGUGGCACUGCUAGAAACAGCGCAGUGUGCUGCGCGUGCGCCGCUCUCACGGGAUGACGUCACUUGCCUGCUUGCUGCUCUGCAGAGCCCCGCUGAGGUGGUUCGUGAUGCGGGAUUACGCGCUUUGGGUUGCGUGUCUGACCGCUUGCCGCCAUUCUUUGAAGAUGAAGAUUUUGCACUUGAACUUACAAAGAGACUGUAUAUUGCCACAUUUGAUAUCUCUGAAGAUAAUAAGAAGCUAGCGGAGGAGCUGUGGGACCGCUUGCCGGCGGCGGACACGCUGGUGCAGCACGGCGAGCUGGAGAUGAUGAGCGUGCUGCUGGACGAGAUCCAGCACCCGUCGGAGCCCGUGCAGCGAGCAGCAGCUGCAGCACUAGCUGCUCUAGUGCCGCGCGCCGCCCGCCCAGAUGCUGCUGCCGCGGAGCUAUUGCAGCGCCUGCACCACGUGUACGACGACAAGCUACCCUUAAUCCCGGCGAAGCUGGACCAGUUCGGGCACGAGACGGAAGCGGCAGUGGACAACUGGGGCAGCCGGCGCGGCGUGGCCCUCGCCCUGCGAGCGCUCGCCCCCUGCCUCCGCGCUGACGUCGUCUCCGAAGCCAUGAGCUUCUUUGUCCAAAAAUCCCUCGGCGAUAGAAACGAAACGGUCCGCUCCGACAUGCUCAACGCUGCAAUGGCCGUGGUGGAACUGCAUGGAAAGGAAACUAUAAGCACACAGUUACCUGUGUUCGAGAAGUUCCUGGAUAACGCGCCCAAGUCUGGAGGAUACGAUGAUGUGCGGCAAAGUGUGGUGCUGCUCGUGGGGUCGCUGGCGAGGCACUUGGAACCAACGGACGCGAGGGUCAAGCCCAUCACGUUGAGGCUCGUCUCUGCACUAUCUACGCCUAGUCAACAGGUACAAGAAGCAGUGAGCAAUUGUCUUCCGCACUUGGUGACGUCACCAGCGUUGGAGGGCGAAAUACCCGCAAUCAUGAACAAGCUUAUGAAACAGCUGCUGACCGCUGAGAAAUAUGGUGACAGGAAAGGCGCUGCGUAUGGUAUAGCUGGUAUUAUAAAAGGAUUGGGAAUUUUGUCGCUAAAACAACUCGACGUCAUGGGAAAACUCACUGAAGCUAUACAAGAGAAGAAGAAUUUCAAGUACCGAGAGGGCGCGCUGUUCGGUUUCGAGAUGCUGUGCUACAAGCUGGGGCGGCUGUUCGAGCCGUACAUCGUGCACGUGCUGCCGCACCUGCUGCUCUGCUUCGGCGACAGCUCGCAGUACGUGCGCGCGGCGGCCGACGACACGGCCAAGCUGAUCAUGAGCAAGCUGUCCGCGCACGGCGUCAAGCUGGUGCUGCCCGCGCUGCUGCAGGCGCUGCACGACGACAACUGGCGCACCAAGGCCGGAUCCAUCGAGCUGCUCGGCGCAAUGGCGUACUGCGCGCCAAAACAACUAUCCUCCUGCCUCCCGUCCAUCGUGCCCAAACUGAUCGAGGUGUUGAGCGACUCGCACAUGCGCGUGCAGCACGCGGCCGCUGAGGCGCUCAAAGUUAUCGGCUCCGUUAUACGGAACCCGGAGAUUCAAGCGAUCGUACCAGUGCUACUCCAAGCGCUACAAGACCCCUCAAACAAGACGUCCGCCUGCCUCCAAACACUAUUGGACACGAAGUUCGUGCACUUCAUCGACGCUCCAUCCCUUGCGCUGAUCAUGCCGGUGGUGCAGCGGGCCUUCCUCGACAGAAGCACGGAGACCAGGAAGAUGGCUGCCCAGAUUAUUGGCAAUAUGUACUCGCUGACUGACCAGAAGGAUCUGAUGCCGUACCUGCCCAACAUCAUACCGGGGCUGAAGAGCUCGUUGCUGGAUCCUGUGCCUGAGGUCCGGUCCGUAUCGGCGCGCGCACUGGGUGCGAUGGUGAAGGGCAUGGGCGAGAGCAGCUUCGAGGAGCUGCUGCCGUGGCUGAUGCACACGCUCACGUCGGAGUCCAGCAGCGUGGACCGCUCGGGCGCCGCGCAGGGGCUCUCCGAGGUGGUCGCCGGCCUGGGCGUGCACAAGCUGCAUAAGAUCAUGCCUGAUAUAAUAGCAACAGCCGAGCGCACGGACAUAGCGCCGCACGUAAAGGACGGUUACAUCAUGAUGUUCAUCUACAUGCCGGGCGCGUUCACCGACGAGUUCACCCCCUACAUCGGCCAGAUCAUCAACCCCAUACUCAAAGCACUCGCUGACGAGAACGAAUACGUGCGAGAAACCGCCCUGAAGGCGGGACAAAGAAUUGUCAACCUAUACGCAGAAUCUGCCAUCACUUUACUGCUACCAGAAUUAGAAAACGGACUCUUUGACGACAAUUGGAGAAUCCGAUACAGUUCGGUCCAACUUCUGGGUGAUCUGCUGUACCGUAUUUCUGGAGUGUCCGGUAAAAUGAGCACGGAAACAGCAUCAGAAGAUGACAACUUUGGUACUGAGCAGUCGCACAAAGCCAUCAUUAAUGCCCUGGGACCAGAUAGAAGGAACAGAGUAUUGGCUGGGUUGUAUAUGGGUAGGAGUGAUGUGGCGCUCAUGGUGAGACAGGCCGCGCUGCACGUGUGGAAGGUGGUAGUAACAAAUACUCCGAAGACGCUGCGCGAGAUUUUACCAACGCUGUUCAGUUUAUUGCUGGGCUGCUUGGCUUCCACCAGUUAUGACAAACGGCAGGUCGCUGCCAGGACACUUGGUGACUUGGUCAGAAAGCUAGGAGAGCGCGUGUUGCCCGAAAUAGUUCCAAUCCUAGAACGUGGUCUACGUUCAGAUCGCGCCGACCAGCGCCAAGGAGUGUGCAUUGGUUUGGGAGAAAUCCUUGCUUCUACAUCUAGAGAUGCUGUGCUCAGUUUUGCUGAUGGAUUGGUGCCGACAGUGCGCACGGCGCUGUGCGACGAGCUGCCCGAGGUGCGCAUGGCGGCGGCGCGCACGUUCGACAGCCUGCACGCGACCAUCGGCAACAAGGCGCUGGACGACAUCCUGCCGCCCAUGCUGGACGCGCUGCACCACCCCGACCCGGCCGUCGCGGACGCCACGCUGGACGGGCUGCGGCAGAUAAUGGCGAUCAAAUCUCGCGCCGUUUUACCCUACCUGGUCCCCGUACUGACGGGUACCGGCGCAGGCGCGACAGUGGACACGCGCGCGCUGUCCGCGCUGGCGGCGGCGGCCGGCAACGCGCUGGCCCGCCACCUGCCGCGCGUGCUGCCCGCGCUGCUGGCCGCGCUGCGGGCGGCCAGGGGCGGCCCGCACGAGGCCCGCGAGCUGGACUACUGCAGGGACGCGCUGCUGCCCGUCACGGAUGAUGCGGGCGUGCGAUGCAUAAUCGACACUUUGCUGGAGUGCGUGCGCACGCAGACGGGGUGCGCGCGGCGCGCGGGCGCGGCGCUGCUGUGCGCGUUCGUGACGCACACGCGCGCCGAGCUGGCGCCGCACGUGGGCGUGCUGCUGCGCGGCCUGCUGCUGCUGUUCGGCGAGCGCGAGCGCGACGUGCUGCAGAUGGCGUGGGAGGCGCUGGCCGCGCUCACGCGCACGCUGGACGCCGAGCGCCAGCUCGCGCACGUGGCCGACGUGCGCCAGGCCGUGCGCUACGCCGCCGCCGACCUCAAGGGCGACCUGCUGCCCGGCUUCUGUCUGCCCAAGGGUAUCGCACCAAUCCUACCACUAUUCCGAGAAGCCAUAUUAAAUGGAUUGCCUGAAGACAAAGAGAACGCCGCUCUCAUGUUGGGAGAAGUGAUCAAACUCACAUCGGCGCAGGCGCUCCAGCCCUCGGUGGUGCACAUCACGGGUCCACUCAUCAGGAUCCUGGGAGACAGAUUUAACUCUAGUGUCAAAGCGGCUGUGCUGGAAACACUUGCACUAUUAUUGGCUAAGGUGGGCGUGAUGCUGAAGCAGUUCCUGCCGCAGCUGCAGACGACGUUCCUGAAGGCGCUGCACGACAGCUCGCGCGCCGUGCGGCUCCGCGCGGGCGCGGCGCUGGCGCAGCUCGUGCUCAUCCACACGCGCGCCGACCCGCUCUUCGUCGAGAUGCACAACGGCGUCAAGGCGGCCGACGAGCCCGCCGUGCGCGAGACCAUGCUGCAGGCGCUGCGCAGCGUCAUCACCGGCGGUGGAGAGAAGAUGUCGGAACAGUUGGCCCUGAGCGUGCUGAGCACACUGACGAGCCCGGCGCUGCUGGCGCACCCGGACGACCCGCCGCGCGGCGCCGUGGGCGGCUGCCUGGGCGCGCUGCUGCACUGCCUGCCGCCCGCGCACCGCGACGCCGCGCUGCUGCACCACGUGCUGCACGCCGCGCAGCACGCACCGCCCGACGACUGGCUGCUGCAGCACGGCCGCUCCUGCGCGCUCUUCGUCGCGCUCAAGGAGACGCCCGCAGCAGUCUACCGCGACCACUUCGAGGAGAAGGUCGACAAGGCGCUGCUCGGCUACCUCGCCAGCGACAAGACGCCCAUCGCCUGCAACGGCAUCCGCGGCAUGGGCUACCUCAUGAAGUACCUCCUCGACCAGGACAGACCCAUUCCACAGAACAUUAUGUCACAAUUUGUUAGGAGCAUGAACCACAACAGCAACGAAGUGAAGCAGCUGAUGGCACGCGCGGCGGCGUCGCUGGGCGGCGCUCUGCGGGCCGACGGGCCGGCGGGCGGCGGGCCGGCUGGCGGGCCGGCCGACCUGCUGCGCGCGCUGCUGCCCGCGCUCGUCAACGGCACCAAGGAGAAGAACACGCUCGUGCGCGCCAACGCCGAGCUGGCGCUGCGCGCGCUGCUGCGCCUGCCGCACGACCCGCAGCAUCAACAGCAAUGCAUGGCGCUGCUGGACGAGGGCGGGCGCGAGGCGCUGGCGGACGUGGUGGCGCGGCUGCUGCGGCGCGCCGUGGCCGAGGGCCGCGAGGAGGAGCUCGACUGCACGCUGCUCACCUGAACACCGCACACUGCCGACAAUAUAUCUUUAUUAUUCA